GCUGUUAUUUGGGGUAAUGGCCGCCAAUUUGCAGCGCUAUUCUACAAUGCCAUUGAAUGAAGCAGGAGAUGCCAACGUACAAGCGAAGCUGUCGCCGGAAGAACAAGUUGACUACCCCAAGCUUUUUAAAAUUGCCAACAAGUCUGGCACCGGGAUUGUGUCUGGCGCCGAAGCCAUUGAAUUCUUUGCCAAGUCUGGUCUCUCUCCAGCCGUUUUGUCGGAGAUAUGGGAUAUAGCAGACGAAGCAAACGCUGGACAACUUGAUAAUCAUGCCUUCUAUGUCGCUUUGAAAUUAAUUGCUUGUCAGCAGCAAGGAAAGGAGCCUUCCAAGCCAAUAAUCGCAACAAACGUGAAAGUACCGGUCUUCGACGGAGUAUCAAUUAGUGCGGUACCAGAUGCCGGUAAACCGAUCAUUCAGCCCGCCGAAAGAGAAAAGUUUAUUCGCAUCUUCCAUGCUUCACGCCCAGAGAAUGGAAUUCUUGAUUCUGAAAAGGCCAGGCGUGUGUUUUCUCGGUCACAACUACCUGUUGAUACUUUAGCGCAGAUUUGGACUCUGGCAGAUAGCAGACGAUCCGGUACUUUGAACCAAACCGAAUUUGUCAUUGCUAUGUAUUAUGUAGCAAGAUGUAUGGAAGGAAAGAAGGAUCUACCAUCUACACUUCCUUCUAAUGUAUAUGCGGCCGCUGCUGGAAGGCCAGCAUCAGCUAGUCCAUCCCCUCAAAUUGCUCAUAUCGCAGCACCCGCACCUAGACAUAGCGCUGGUCCGCCUCAAUUGGCUGCAUCGCCUAUACAAUCUGUUGCAAGACAAUUCACUGGAUCAUCUUCAGCGUUCUCUCCUAUGAUUUCUAGAGCCAACACCAUGUCUCCUUCUCUACCACCCAACAGCAAUAAGUGGAUUAUUAGCCCGGAGGACAGAAAAAAGUAUGAUACCUUUUUCGACAAGAUUGAUGUAGGAAAACAUGGCUACAUACAAGGCGGGGAUGCAGUAGAAUUUUUCCAAAAUUCUCGUCUGCCCGACGCUGACCUUGCGCAUAUUUGGGAUUUGGCUGACAGACACGAAAGAGGAAGGUUAUCCAAAGAAGAGUUUGCCAUUGCCAUGUACCUUAUCCACAAGCGACUGAAAGGCGAUGCACUCCCCACCAUACUUCCUUCCAGCUUGUUAAACCAGACCCCAGCCAGCGGCGUGCCAGUUUCUGAAGCCCCCGUGUUCGUUCAGUCACCACCAUCAACCGAUCAAUCAUUAAUUGAUGAUGGAGACCACUUCCAGCAAUUUGAAACCCGAAGUACGGUAGCAAAGGCGAAUUCGGAAUUGGAAACAUUGCGACAAAAUGUUAAACUUGGUGAAGAGCAGCAAGCAGGACUAAAUGCAGAGCGCACUUCUUUAGAUGACCAACUCAAGUCAGUGCAAAAGGAGCAAGCUGAACUUACAGAGCGUUUGAACAACUUGCGUACCUCUGAAACAGACGCAAAAGCUAGUAUCACGAAACUAAAGGAGCAGUUGGAAGUUGAGCGCGAAGAGUUACGCAAAGUACAGGAAGAUGCCAAGCAGAUUACUGAAGUACUGGAAGGUUACCAGUCGCAGAAACAAGAGAUUAGUACAGAGCUUGAAAAUAAUCGAUCAGAAUCAAGUCGAUUGAAGAAAGGCAUCUUUGCUAAACAAGAGCAGAGCAACCAGUUGCGACGAGAAUUGGAAAAACUUGGUGCAUUUAUCAAGAAGGAUCGUAUGAUGCUUGAUAUCACUCGCAAACAAGCCUCGGCUGCUGAUGCGGAUGUAGCAAAGCUUGAAACCGCUCUGGAUAAAGCAAAGUCUGGAGUUCCAAUAGAAGAAGUCUCAGACUCUAUCCUAGAAUCUCCCAAACUUCCUCAACUACCGUCUUCUCCUACCGACUCUAAUUCCCCUGGAUCUACCGCUCGUCGACUUGUGUCUAGUCCAACUCAGCGCACCAAAGCUGCACCGCCUCCACCACCUCCUUCCAGUAGAUAUCAUCAGUCUGUACAAGAGGAGAAGCGAAACUCUGCUUCAUUGUCUGGUAAGAAGCCACCUGCGCCUCCUCCAGUCGCCAGAAGUAAGAGCAAGUCAGAUCUUUCAACGAUUGCUGGUGUUUCAGCAGUAGCCACCGGUGCUGCCGCCGCAGGAUUAGCUAUGGAGAAAGGCUCACAUGACGACUUCAGUAACAGCGAUCCGUUUGAUGAUUUCACCCGUACCUUUGAAGCUGCUAAGGAAAGCACAGUUCCGUCCGAUUUUGACGAAGUGUUUGGGGACCAGCCAACUUCCCCCUUUACCUCAUUCCCUGAACAGCAGCAAGCAUUUUCCAGUGGCUUUGAUGAUGAUUUCGCAACACCAACUUCUACUCAUUUCCUUAUGACCGACAAAGCAGAUGAUUCAAAGAAGGAAGCUCCUCAAGAGACUCCUGCUGUUGAAGAGAUUGCUAGUGCACAAGAACCUUCUACUACAUCCGAUGUACCUGUUGAUUCUGCUACUCAAGCGGAACAAUACGAAGAGAGCGAGGCAGAUGAUACCGAAUCAGAUUCUCCAUCAGAAUCAACUACUGACUCUGAAAGUACCGAGGAAGAGGAAGAUGAAGUGGAGGAAGAAGAGGAGACUCCAGCGAUGGAAACUGCUGUACCUACUGCUGCUGCUCAAGUAUCUUCGCUAGAGCAACCAUCGAUUGAGCCUAGCAAGGAGGAUCAGCAAGUAGUUUCCGAUCAGCCUUCAGAACCUAUCAUAGAGGAUCAGAAGAGUGAACAUUUAGAGUUGCAGCCAACAGAUGUUCCUGAGCAACAAGGCGAGCCCGUCCCAGAAAAUGCAGAGCCAUCAGUCCCUGUUGUCCCAGAAGAGGUGGAAUCACAGCAAGAAGAGAUCGCUGAAGAGAAAGGACAACCAGAGGUGGAACCACAGCAAGAAGAGAUUGCUGAAGAGAAAGGACAGCCAGAGAUGGAGCAGCCUGUGACAGAAGAGCAAGCACCUGCUAUAGAAGAUUCUAUUCCUAUGGAGGAAGAGAUCGCACCCACCACUGAGUCUCUGUCCGCCCCGUCUACCGAUACUGCAAGCACUGUUAAAGUUGACAAUAACACUGAAGCAACGGAAGAUGAACAACAGGCUCCAGUAGCAUUGAGCCAGCCUGUAGAAGUAACACCUGCAGAUUCUGCAUCAACGGAGGUUGCACCGGAGACUACUUCUGUGGAGCACACCACCAACAACGAGGAAUCAAAAGAAGAAGAUCAAUCUGUAGAUAAUGCAUUUGAGGAAAGCUCUGCAGUAGUCAAGGAUGAGUCCCCGCACGAGGAAGUCGCCUUGGCCAAUAACCCAGCAGCAUCCCAUGUUGAACAUGAAGAUCCUGAUUUAACUCUAACCAUUGCACAACCUACAUUGAAUGAAGAGCCUGUUCCUGAAUCUAGUGCUACUCCCGAGGAUAAGCCUGACCAUGAUUUCGAGGUCAUUGAUCCAGUUUCGUCUACGUCGUCUUUUGUUUCGGAAGGUAUGACGGUCUCCAUGGAACAAGAGCAGUCUCCCUUCGAUGACUUUGAGUCAGCGUUUUCUGGAAGCAUGUCUGAAGCCAGGGUCAUUCCAGGAAGCUCAGCUAAUGACUUUGAGGCUCCUUUUGAUGCAUCUUUUGAAGAAGAUUUCAACCCUACCUUCGAACAGCCUUCUCAAAAGGCUUCAUUGCCCGCACCUACGGCAACAAAGGACAAUCCAACGGAUGCUGCUGCCUUUGCCGACAGUUUUAGUUUUGACAAUAAUGCAUUUGAUUCAGCCUUCGGUUCGUCAGCACAUCAGACUGACAUGGAGUCUCCAUUCAAUGUAGACACUCCAAAGCCUGCUUCCUUGUCAGAUGCUGCUCAGAAUACCCAAUAUCUUCACUCUGGCUUUUCUGCCUUUGCUCCAGCCCUUGAAGCAUCUUCAAUUGAAUCCCCUGGUUCCAGUUCACCAUCUGUCCCACAAGCUACACCAGCUCAAGAGAACAUCGCUCCACCAUCUGCAGAACCAUCUUCCAAACCUGUCGUCCAGAAUACUAAUAGUAAUCCCGCAACUGCAGUGACACCAUCUUCUGUGCGAUCGCCACAGCUUUCUGAACCACAGGGUCUUCAAGAGUUACUCAACAUGGGCUUCUCGCGUGAACAAGCCGUCGAUGCCUUGCGCCGUUAUGAUAAUGACCUUGAAAAGGCCACCAAUUUCUUGCUAGAUUUUUAGGAUGCUAAAAAUUUAUAUUUAACUUCUCACAAUAAAUUCAUCUUCUGAUCAUUACAAGUUGUCA